UUUUCGUUAGAAGCACCAAGAACAACGCUGAGAUACAAAUUUCUCCAUUUGAUAUUUUCUCGGCGACCAAACAGAAAACAGGGGAAAAGAAAAGUAAUACAAACUCCAGAAAUUCUUCACUGAAAAGGAAAAUGAAAGAAAAUAGCGUUGCAAGUACUACAACAACGCCAACAAACAGCAGCAACAAUUCGACGCAGGAGCUUGCAUCGGAGGGCCUAAAACAUCUAGAAGAAACCAUUGAAGCCGCUUUUCAGAUCCUGUCUUCCAUGAACGACGAGCUUUGCAACCCUGACUUAUGGUCCACCAGUCCCACUACCAAGGCCGCCGCCACUAACGAGCCUUCUCUCUCCAUCGGCGCCGUUUUAGGCAACGGUGAUUCGUCCUCCGACGGAGGUGGCGGCCAUCACUUGGAGAUGGGUGGAGCUGGAGGUAGUGGCAAUGGCUCCCUCGAUGAGGCUCGCCUUAGGUAUAAGAACUCCGUCGCUGCUCUUCGCACCGUGCUCUCCGCUAUUCCCAAUUCUCAAAAGGCAAAAGAAUUUGAAACGGGUUCAACUGCGAGUAGCCCUGCAGAUGAAGCAGAUAUCGAGAAGUUGGAAGAGCAAUCCUCGAAUCUCAGGAAGGAGCUUGCAAACAAGAAUGAAUAUAUAAAGCGUCUAAUUGAUCAACUACGGGAGCUUAUCACAGAUGUAUCGACUUGGCAAAGUCCUUGUUCCAUGUAAAACUCGGACAAUAAUCGAGUUAUCUGGGCUGCUGAUACCCUCGGAGGUAAACAUGAACCCAGAUAUCUGCAUUGAGUGAUCACAUUGUUGUCUUUACUUCAGUCAUUCUAUUUGAUGUCAUAUUAGGUUUAUCCAGAUCUCUUUGAUUGACAUUGAACUGCAUUUUCUUGUUGUUAGUUAUUGGAAUUUGAA